CAAAACCUCCCCACGCAGCACGAGCCAUCCACGUCCGCAUUCCACCAGCAGAAGCAGCACCGCAGCUCGCUACCGAUGGCGUCGCUCACCAUGAUGGCGUCCUCCUUCGCGGCCAUGGCGGCGGCGGCCGCGCCCUCCCGCCGCGGCAGCCUCGCCGUGGCCAGGGCCGCCAAGGUCGAGCGCUGCCAGCAGCAGGAGCCCGCGAGGCUGGCGGCCGCCGCCGAGGGGGCACCCGCCGAGGGCCGCCGCGCCGUGAUGCUCGCGGCGGCUGCGGCGGCCGUCGCGGCCAUCGGCGGUGCCGGCGCCGCCAUGGCGGACCCCAAGAACGGGACCCCCGAGGCGAAGAAGAAGUACGCGCCCAUCUGCGUCACCAUGCCCACCGCCAAGGUCUGCCACAACUGAGGCCGAGCACGCUGCCCGUAUAUAACGCGCGCACGGUUUGUCUCUCCUGUUGAUGAUUCUUCGAGCUUGGAUGAGACGGCUUGCUGGGCCCGGUCGCCAUGGACGGUCUCAAAGUUGUAAUACUAUUGCAAAUUCGAGGAUAAAACCGUUCCUUUUUUCGUUGCAUGCGCAUGUAUCAUAAUAUCCAGCCAUCUCGUGCUUGGCUAGCUCUGCCUUGAUUGAGCCCUUGACACUGGAUCAAAAUGGCGAUCUCUUGCUUGCUGGUCAUGCUCUGUGAGUGUAUGAACAGAGCCGUGUUCUUGGCUUUUCUGU